AGUACUUGGCUAGAAGCGCUAGUGUUGUUUCCGCUAGUGGUAAAAUUGAUCAAAUACAACUACUCCUUAUAAAAAGUAUUAGCUGGAUCCAGCGUAAGUUUAAAGUAGAAAGGACAGAGCGGCUCUGACAGUAACACGGUGUGCUGCACCGUGAAUGCUGCUGUGAGCUUUAAACGGCUCCAAGGUGAACUUCCGUGGCGGGAUCAGAGUUGAUGAGAGCCGGUUUACGGGCUGUCAGGGAGCCGCUAUCAGCCUAAUCACAGCUGAACUGUGACCCCGGACCUCUGGACUCCGCCGCACUGAAACUUGUGUGGGUUUUCUUCUGUUUCUCUAUUCGAGCCAAGAUGAAGAGGAGACUCCUGCUGGUGUCCAACUCCACUUUGCACGGCAGUGGUUACCUGGAGCACUGUCAGCAGCACAUCUCCAGCUUCUUUGGAAAAGACGUGAAGAGGGUGCUGUUUGUUCCUUAUGCUCUCCAUGAUAGAGACGCCUACACUAAGUUAGCCAGGGACAAGUUUAAGACUCUUGGUUAUGAGGUGGACAGCAUCCACGAGGCCUCAGACCCUGCAGAUGCUGUCCGGAAGGCCGAGGGCAUUUUUAUAGGUGGAGGCAACACUUUCCGGCUGCUGAAGAGUCUUUAUGACAACAAGGUGGUGAUGGAGAUCAGGAAGAGAGUGAUGGAGGAUGGUGUCCCCUACAUGGGCUCCAGUGCAGGCACUAAUGUGGCCACCAUCAGCAUCAGUACCACUAAUGACAUGCCCAUUGUUUUCCCUCCGUCCUUCUCUGCCAUUGGCCUCGUCCCCUUCAACAUCAACCCGCACUACCUGGACGCCGACCGCACCAGCCGCCACAUGGGGGAAACCAGAGAGCAGAGGAUCAUCCAGUACCACGAAGAACCCGAUACUCCGUGUGUCCUGGGUCUGAGGGAGGGCUCCCUGCUGCUAGUGGAGGGAAACAAAGCGACACUGCUGGGAACCACUAAGGCCAGACUAUUCACCAGGAAAAAGCCCACAGUGGAGUAUGAGCCAGGCAGUGACCUUAGCUUCCUGCUAACUGAUGCACAAUGAUCGGUCAAAUGGAAGCAAGACGAGGAGCACAGAGUUUUCAAUGUUUCUGAUUGGAACAGAAUAAAGAUUUUAAGGAAACAUCUAA